AGUCCCCUAGAAGAUGUGAACAAAAUAAAGCAAAAGUACAUUCUCCCGCAAAAACCAACAUUUUAUCUCCAGUGAAAAUAAAUGAUGAAAAUGCUUGUGAAAGCAAUCAUUCGCCAAGAAAACCUGCAACAUUCAGCCGUCCAUCUAACUGUAAUACUUGCUCACCAGAUGAUAAUGCUUUGCCAUCACCAGUAAAGCUGUAUGCACUUAACUGUUCAUCUAAUUGCAGUGCUUGCUUACCAAAUAAAAGUGCUUUGUCAUCGCCAAGAAAACAUCCUGCAUUGAACAGUUCACAUAAAAGCAGCACUUGCUCACAUAGUCCAGUUCAUCAAGCCAAAAGUAGUGAUGAUAGGCAAAAUGAUGCUGUUAAAUUAAAGUCUAUUUUAUCAUCACCACAAAAGCAUCUUGCAUUCAGAAGUCGUCCUAAAUGUUUUCUCGGUAAAAAAUUUCUAACGAAGAGUUCUUUUGAAAUUUGUGCUGAUUGGCUAAAGGAUGUCACACCAAUUCAAAGUGCUUUGCCAUCCCCAUCCCUCAUUAGUGCAUCAUCAUCAUCACCAAAUAAACUGCAUCAAGCCAAGAGUCCUCCUAAAAUUAGUGAUGAUGCUUUAGGAUCACCUAGAAAACAUUUUACAUUCAGCAGUUCUCCUAAAUGUGGUGAUUGUUUGUCUUGUCAAAGUCCUUCUCUGAUUUGUUCUGAUAGGUUAAAUGAUGAUGCUGCAGUUGAAAGUACUCUACUGUCCCCAAGGAAAUAUCUUACCUCGAUCGACCCCUCUAAAUGCAAUUCAUGUUCACCAAGUAAAGAUCAACAAGACAAGUCUCCCACUGGAUUUACUGGUUAUGGGCUAAUUAAUACUACUACAUCCAUGAGUACGUUGGUAUCACCCCACAAAAUUCCUGAUGUAAAAUUUUCAAGUGUGAAAAGAAAUCUCACAGCAACAUUCACCAUUGAUUCAUCAUUCACACAUCAUUUGAACAAUUGUCCUGAAGUUGUGGAUGAUCCACAAAGAAAUGUCUCAAAAACCAAAGUCAGUGUCAUUUCAUCACCUCCAAAAAAUUGUAGAAGCAGCUGUCCUAAAUUUUGUGCAGAUUUUCCCAAAAAAGCUUUAAUCACUCUUGACAAUAAUAGUUCAUCAAAAACAGACCAGUUGUAUAACCCAUCUGAAAAGAUUGCUGUUUCUUCUGAAAAAGCUUCAUGUGCUAAUAUCAGGACUUCCUGUUCUCCUGCUGAAAAUUCUUGUUCCCCAGAAACUGCUGCCAUGAUCAAUACCACUACUUAUACAGUAGCCGAGAAGAAGCCUUCUGAAGAUACUGUCAGUUCACCAAGAGCAAUGGCAUCAAUGAGAAACUAUCCUGAAAAACCAAGUGACUUAACUUUUAAAACAAACAUUAACAACCAUCAAGUUCCAACAAACACUACUUAUUCCACAACUGCGUUUGUUUCUGGACAAGGUAAAUAUUGUACAAAAAACACUCCCAUUGAAUGUAAUAGCAAAAAGCAGAUUCUUUCUGUUUCAUAUGGAAGUUCCACGGAAUCAUUAAACAGUGGUCCUUUUCAAGAAGACACACAAUGUCUACCAGCAGUCUCAACAAUAAAUAUCACAUCUGAAUCUCAUGUUGGUGCAUCAAACAUUUAUGUGGAAACUGAUACUAUGAACAGCAUUAAUCUUGAAUCGGUUACUUGUAAAUUGCAGAAACCAGACAGAUGUUCUGAUGAUGAGAAAGAUUACUCCGUCUUUCAGUUAUCUUACCCGAGAAAUUCUAAAACAUUUUCUUCUGAAGACAAAUGUGGACGUAAGAACUUUUCAGAAGCUUGUGGUAAUAAAAAUACAGCAUCAAAUAAUUACUCUUCAUAUGCUUUUCCUCAUCAACAUAGUGAUGUUCUAGAAUCAAAAACAGAAGUGACCCCUGGAACAAAUAAAAGACUUCAGCAAUCUGGUACCACAUUUCCAAUUUCUUCUUUGUUACCAUCUCUCUAUUGUUCUCAUGUGGACAAAGGAAACAAAUUUCCUCUAGCCGAAUAUAAAUCUUGUGAAUGUGCCCCAGAUGCUUUCCCAUGUGCUUGUCCAUUUACAUGUAACUUAGAUUUGACGGGAAUUGAAUUAUGUUCUUCUGUUCCUUUAACAGAAGGUCUUCACGAAGAUGGUGGAAUUUUCUCAGAUAGUUUGUCUUCCUCUGAUGCAGUUGGAACAGCUCUGAAUGACGCAGUUGAACUUCUUUCAAAAUGGGAAGGAGAAAGUAGAUUGACUGAUCAGCACUUGCAGUGUGAACCAAAUAGAAUAAUAAAGACAAGCAUGUUACCUGAUAAAUACUCAGUUGAAAACAAGAGUAACAAUACAGGACAUCAGGUGCAAAACAUAAGGCAGCUAAAAGUUGAUGACUAUAGCAGUUACAACCAUAUCUCAAAUGAGCAGAUACAGAUGGGGCAGACUACAGAAAACGAGGACUCGGAACUGACAAAGCAAGAAUUGCAUCUGUCUUGUAAACUUGCCAAAGAUUGUGACAAUCAGUAUGUUAACACUGCAAAGGAAAAGUAUGUUGACACAAUGAAAGAUGACACUGACAUUGACAAAACCAAACCAGAUACUGGCACUACCAAAACUAGCACUGCCGGUGGCAUUGCCAAAACUGACACUGAUAACUUUUCUACCAAUAACAAGGACAUUACAAAUUAUACUGAUAUUGGUACCUACAGGAACAAAGAAAUCAAUGUUGGCACAUUAAGGAACAUUAUUACUUCUUUCGACACUACCAAGAACAUUUGCACUUAUGUUGCCUCUGCCAAGGACACUGUUACUACCAAAGCUGAUACUGAUAUUGCUGCAGACGAAUUAACUGUAAUCAAUGAUAGUUUAGCCGUUAACACUAUUGCGAUUAAAAAGACAACUAGGUCAACAUGUGGAGUAGCAAAGGAUAACAAUGUAAAUGGAGAAGCAAAUAAGAACUGUUCUAGUGAUAAAACCAACCCUAUGACUGUUGACAAUACUGAGUCUCAGUCAAACAUCAAUGACUCGAAAUUCAAUAAAAUUAUUUUGGUCAGUACAUGCUACAAUGCUUCAGCUGAUUCUGAUGACACAUCUUCUGUAUCAAACAUAACUAUUGACAGUACAGUUAAUUCUGGAGGUGAUACUAGUUUCCAUACCAAUGGAAGCAACAUGACGUCACUAGAAAUUACUGACCAACAUUCUAAACUUGCAGAAAAGGAUCUAUCAAACUGUACAAAUGAUUCUUCUAGAGAUGAUGAUUUCAACCACCGUACAAGAAACCAUUCUUCAUCAACUGAUGAACUUAAAAGAACUCUGUAUAAUUACCCUUUACAUCCAGAUGAUGAUGAUGUUCGAAAUCUAUUUUCCAACUGCACAUCAACUAUGCAUGUCCGUAUGGAUGAUAGCCUUGAUGAUUUGGAGAUUAGAACUGGUUUUAGUCCUUCAGACAGCAGCCCUGUUAACUCGAUAAAAAAUAAUAUCUUUGAAACCACACAAGAACGUAACAAAACUGUCUUAAAUUUGGACCUUGAAUUUAAUGUGAAUAAAAUACAGGCCAGCACACCAGAUAUUCUUAAAAAUAAAGUUUUACAUUCACCAAAGAAAGCCGGCUUAAAAACACCCCCAGCAAAUCUAAAUUCAGUGUCUCACUUUCUGAAUCUAGUUAAAGCAAAUUCUGAAAAAGAAUUAGAAAAGAAAAUGUUGAGUAGUCCAGUUAAGAUCCGCCCUGAAAUUGUCCCAGAAUUAGAUAAGUGUAGAAGUCCAGGAAAGGUAGAGUCCAGUGCAUCUGAAUCUAAAGCAGGGUUGAAUGCAAUGCAGCAAAUAUGUAAAUCGUACACUGAUGACUCUGAUCAAAGCAAAGAAGAAUUUCAUGAAUUUCCAGAGCAAUUUGAAGUCCUUGAUGAAGUUUACAGUGAUAGUACUCCUGAGAACAGUGGUCAUCAGUCUGAUGAUUUGUGCAUCCCAAAAGACAUCAUUCUCCCAUUAACUAACAGUACAGCGGAUGGAGACUCUUGUCUAGAUAUUGGAAAUGUUCAAUCAACUAUUAAAACUAAUGACAGUUCAUCAAUGUUGGAAGACAAAAAUUGUGAAUGGAACAAAAUAGACCAUGUAGUUCAGAAACCCGAACCAGCUGUAGGAAGCAAAUCAUCAAACACAUUUAAUCUUUCUCUAGGAGAAAAAUCAUCUCAUGAUAUCCAAAUGAAGUCUGUAAGCUUUUCAAAUUUGUCUACACUCAAUGAUAUUAACCCAUUUCCAGAUAUAGUUGUUAACCUAACGAGAUGUGACAGUCCACAUUCACCUGACAAUCCCUUUGGAUUGUCCAAUUUAAUAAAUAAACAGUUAUCAGAGAAGGAAAUACAAACUCAGAAAAAGUGGAGUAAAUUUUGCUUUGAUAAAAUGUUACCAAGGUCAGAAUCAGACAACCUUAAGGAGCAGAAUAAGCACAAAGGUAAAGAAGAAAAGCAUCAUUCUUCAAAACAUCAUUGUUCCAAGCACACGGACAAAUGCAAAGAUGACAGCAGUUUGAGCUCAGAAAUCGAAAAAGCCGCUGACACUAAAUCAGUUUCCACAUCCAAGUCUUCAGAUUUACAUAAACGAACCCAGUCAAUUGACAAAACCUCAAAAGAUUCCUCAUCAAAGUUUUCAGAUUUUCAUAAACGAACAACAUCAGAGGACAGAACCUCUAAACAUUCUGUAUCCAAGUCAGAAGAUCUACAUAAACAAACCAAGUCAGAGGAUAAAACCUCUAAAGAAUCGGUUUCCAGGGCAUCAGAUGCAUCUCUCAGUUUGAAAAAGAAAUCAUCAAACGUAUUAACCCCAGAAAACUGCUCAGUAGAACAUGGUCAUAAACGGACAGCAGCUGGAAAUAUAUCAAGUUCUAUGUGCAAGCCUUCAGAAUUGCAUAAACGAACCAAGUCAGAUGACAAAACCUCAAAGGUUUCCACAUCCAUGUCUUCAGAUUUACAUAAUCGAACCAAGUCAGAUGACAAAACCUCUAAAAAUUCGACUUCCAAGUCUACAGAUCUACAUAAACGAACCAAGUCGGAGGACAAAAUCUCUAAAAAUUCCACAUCAAAAUCUUCAGACUUACACAAGACCUCAACAAAUUCCUCAUCCAAGCCUGCAGAUCUACAUAAACGAACCAAGUCAGAGGACAAAACCUCUAAAGGUUCGGCAUCCAAAUCUUCAGAUUUACAUCAACGAACCCAGUCAGAUGACAAAACCUCUGGAGAUUCCACAUCCAAAUCUGCAGAUCUACAUAAACGAACCAAGUCACAGACCACGAAAUGUUCCGCAUCCAAAUCUUCAAAUUUACAUAAUCGAACCAAGUCAGAUGACAAAACCUCUGAAGAUUCCACAAACAAGUCUGCAGAUCUACAUAAACGAACCAAAUCAGAGGACAAAAACUCUCAAAAUUCUGUAUCCAAAUCUUCAGAUUUGCAUGAACGAACAAAGUCAGAUGACAAACCUGAUGCCAAAAGUUCAAAAUCUCACAAGAAGAGAAAUUCUGAACAUAGUGCAGAAACAGAAUGUCAAACCAAAAAAUCAAAGCUGCCGAAGAACUCACAGUCAUCUACUUAUGACCCUAUUAUCAAAACCAGUAAACAUUUAUCUACAGAAAAAACAAAAGAUAAGACUAACAAACGAUCAAAAUCUGAUGCUCUAUUGCAUUUAGAAAAGAGUAAAGUUGAACCUAAGACUGCUGUUGAAAAAACUAAAAGUAGACAUCAGAGUGAGAAUAUGCAGGAUUUGCCGAAUAGUGACAAAAGUUCUAUUCAGGCAUGGAAAAAUACUUUCAAAAGUAUAACAGACUUCACAGAUUCAGCUACCUUCACGAUACCCAAGAAUUCAGCCUCAACAGAAAAAGAACCCCCAUGUCAAAAGCUGACUAUAUCAAACCAAAAGAGUGACAACAACAAUCCAGACCUUUCAAGUAGGAAACAAAUAAAUGAGAAAACAACAUUGGCACCAAGUUCAAAGCCUGCUGUUACCAGUAAAACCAUUGGUGAUAAUCUUUCAGAACAAUUCAAAUCAACAGACAAUAUUGCUGAAAGAUUGAUGAAACUUUCAUCAACUGAAUUUCCCCAAACUGAUGAUAAUAAGUCAACAGACGGUCUUGGUAAAUCACUUAGUCAAAGCACAGAGAACAGAAAAGCUCGGCAAUUUCACCCCUAUACCUCACCUAAGAAGAAAAAGAAAAAACAGUGGGCUUCCUUCAAUUUAGCUGUCAGUGAUCUGAAGGAACUAAUGAUGGAUUUAACCACAACUUCUUACCAAAGAAACAGCAACCAACAUACCCCUCAGGUUCCAAAGCGAUUCUUGAACUAUUACUUCCAGAGAGCAGAGGUCCCUUCAAUGGAUGACCACGAAGACCUGACUGACAUGGUAACAGCAGAAGAUAUAUUGGACUAUGAAGAGAGGAUCAGAAUGGCAGAUGAGAUGGAAGCACAUUUUGCAGAUGAUGAUAAUCAUAUUCUGAAUGAUGAUUUAAUUUUUGAACAAGAGAAUGAAAUAUAUUCAUACUAAUUGGUAAAGUUUUGGCACACCUUUCUUCAGCACGAAAAUGGAAAUUGAUGAUUCAUCAAAGGGUGUUCUCCCAGAUAUCACAA